CUCCGCUGUGAGGCAGAAGCUGCUCAGCUGUUGGGUCGUGGUGUUAUAGCGUUGCCUCGGACUGUGGCGAAGAACGAGAGAACCCCAGCGGCAACAGUACGGGACAUGGACAACAGCAAACGGACUGUGGUCGUUACAGGUUUUGGGCCAUUUGGAGAGCACACUGUCAAUGCCAGCUGGGUAGCAGUACAGGAACUGAAAAAGCUUGGACUGGGCAGUGAAGUGGACUUGCAUGUGUAUGAGGUUCCUGUAGAGUACCAGACAGUCCAGAGUUUGGUUCCUUCAUUAUGGAAGCAGUAUCAUCCACUGCUCGUUGUCCAUGUUGGCGUCUCGGGUAUGGCCACCACUGUCACUUUGGAGAAAUGUGGCAGAAAUCAUGGCUACAGGGGCCUGGACAACAGCAGCUUCUGUCCAGAUUCACAGUGUUGCAUUGUGGGAGGCCCGGACUGUAUCAACUCAGUUAUUGACAUGGAAUCAGUCUGCAAGAGAGUGGCUGCGUCAGGACUGGGAGUAGCUGUGUCUGUUUCUAAAGAUGCUGGAAGGUAUCUCUGCGAUUUCACUUACUACACAUCCCUAUACCUGAGCCACGGUCGCUCUGCCUUCAUUCAUGUGCCUCCUCUCGGAAAGCCUUACAGCGGGGAAGACCUGGGCCGUGCCCUACAGGCCAUCGUACGAGAAAUGCUGGAACUUUUGGACCAAGCUGAGAAGAUCCACUGCCAGCAGCACUUCCACUAAGUGACCUCCAGAUAUCAACCAGCCUCUCCUGCCCUCACCUCACAAGACAAAUUGCACUCAAACACAAAGUAGCCAAACCUCUUUAUUUUCUGAAGUUUAGUCUUUACUUGGACCUUCAGAGCAUAGGCUGUUUUCUGAGUUAGUUGUUUCUGUCUUGUUUUAUUGAGUUAGAUUCAGUCAUAUUUGUCUCUCAAUGGUGAGAAACAAAAGUAGAAUGCUUAGGAAAAACUUUGGUGACAUUUAGUUGUUUUUUUUGUUUUGUUUUGUUUUUUUCUCACUGAUCAAGGAACAGAAAUUUUUGUUCAUGGCUUAAAGUUUUGGAGAAAAUCAUGAGGUUCAUGAAGAAGAGCACAGAAGCCCAGUGCUGUUGCUACCUGUUUAUAUGCAGUCACAGCACAUAAUGCUGAAGGACUGAAUUGUAGCAGAAAUUACAACCUAUAACUCCAAAUGUGACUCCUAUUAUUGCACCUUAUAGAGUUAGGGUUAUUGAAAUUGCUAUAGAAGGCACAUUUGGGGGAAUUGUCAAAUCAAAAAUCUUCCUCCUUUUAACUUGUCAUUUUCAAGCAAGACUUUUAUUGAGUGAUGAUUAUAUCUUUUAAUUAGCAGGUGAUCACACAUCAACAUCUAAAGAAUUGGUAAUGCACAUUAUAGCAUUCUGGUAUACAAGUAGAAAUGUUUGCCUCUUGUGGUUGCUAAUUUCAUUUUUCAUUUUCUCCACUAUGUUCCAAUUAUUCUCAAGAUUUUUUGGUGCUGUUUCACAUUUGAUGUUAAAUUGGUUCUUAAGCCCUUUUUUCUUUAUAAGAAGUUGUGAAUUUACCUUCUUUUACUAAGGUUAUUUAAAUCAGGGAACGGGUUGGUUCCAGCUCAUAUUUCCCCACUUUUGUUGGCCCAGUUCUGACAAAAAAAAAGUCAAACUCACCCUUCUGAGAUCUGACCCCUGGUUGUGCAAUGUAAUUUUUUACAGAUCUCUUUUGUUUUUUAAUAGGAAAUUCAUGAUUUCUUUACUGCUGCACAACUAUUUCAGAAAAUAUCAAGCUUUACAAACUAGAAUUAGUUUUAUCUGACACAUCAAAGGACAAAAGAAAAGGCAUAAUUAUUGAUAAGAUGUUUUAUUAUGAAAUAAUCUUAAAGAUUUCCUAGAUUGUGUGGCAGUGACAUGCAUUACACUUUGCUGUGAGAGUGUGUAAAGAUUUUACACAGAUUUUAUGUCUUCAUAAAAAAUGUUAUUUCAUCAUAAUUUACAUGUAUACGUUGUAGAGGUAUACAAUUGAUGAUCAGAUUUAAACGUGUUUCUGAAAUUGUUGUGCAGCCCUGAUUACUGCUCGUGAAAUAAAGCUUUCUGAUGUUCCCUUUAUUGAAUCAAAUAUAGCUGCUUAUUUUAUCUGAAGAUUUGAUUCAAUGAAGUUGGACUUUUCCUUCAGUCAGAACUGGGCCUUGAACUUUACUUCUGUUGCACUUUCACUUUUAUAUAUUUCAGCUUCACUUAUUCUGGAAAUUUUGCAACAUUUAUCAAGCAAUGUAAAUGCUUAGAUUUACUCAUUCUUUUCAGCCACUUUAAGUUGUAAGAUGUAGCUUUCCAGACACAGUUUUGGUUCUUUUACAACUUUUUUCUUCCCAAUGUGAAAAUGUAUACAUCAGUAGGUUUUGUUUUGUUUUUUGGUGAGUUUGCUCCCUGAGCCUGACCUUAUUCUGAAAUGUUAAAAAAACAAAAACAGAAUGAAAACAGAUAUUAAUUAAUUUUGCUAUGUUUGUGAUGGUAACAACAUGACACUCCUAUAGGUGAAGUGUUUAUUUUAUGUUUUGGGGAUUUCUUUGGUUUGUUUUUCAUUAGAAAUGUUUUGUUAUAUGAAAUUAGACUUCUGAGAUGUUGGGACAAUAUACACCAACCAACACAGCUUCAAUCUCAUCAUUGAUGGAAGUUUAAGAAUUAAUCUCUAUACUGAUGCAGCAGUCUGUGUGUGCCCAACACAACUGGAAAAAACAGGUGUUUUAAGUUGUUGUGUAUAUAUUUCUGCUAACUGAAUACUGUGCAUUGUGUUGCUGCAGUAUGUGAGCAGGUUGGUGCCAUUCAUUAUAAGUAACUUGUUUCUAUUGUUACUGUUAAAUUGCUACAGUGUAGAGUGUUUUUUUAACCUCAUAGUUGGAUUUUGAACUUAACUUACUUAUCAGAUCUUAAUCUUUUGAAUUAACUUAUGUUUGGUCAAAUCUCUCAUUUUUUAAGUCCUGGUAUUUUUACUGUGUGGCUUUGUGAGUGCUGAGAAGUGUAAGGGUUGUGCAGGAGCUGCAUACGGAUGUCCUGUUCACAAAAGUGAAAACCUCAAGUUUACACAUGAGGUGACCACUGAGCCCAACCCUCUCCCGUGCCUUGUUGUUGUUUGUGUCAUGAAAAGGCCUUACUAAUAUUCUCACUGCGCCAGUUCAAAGAUAUGUUAAUGAUGCUGUCCAGUCAGGUCUGUGGCUACCUCAGAAAUAAAUGUUUUAAAUUUUAUUUUAUUGUGAGCAUGUUCUCUUGUAUGCCGAUAUUACAUUAUUGCAGUUUAUUGUGAUUUCCUGUGAAUAAGGAACAUCCUCUAAAUUGCAUCUUCUUCUGUUUCAUUAACAAAGCACUGUCACAGUAUUCUCAGCUUUGUAAAAAAAAAAAGGAUUUGAAAUAAACAAGAUUAAAAUACUA